UGCUCGGGUACAGAGAGCGACUGGACGAGAAAUUUGUCUUCAUUCUUGCUCAUUACCAUUUAUCCUCUACUUAAGCGAAGAUUCAAAAGACGUCUUUCUUGUCUUAUAUUCAAGGAUACCGUAAUUUAUUUUUGCAACAGUACUGUCGCAGACAGGUGCAAUUUGGAAACAACUUCAUAAAUUAACAAUGUGAUGGGUUUAAAAAUAUGUAUAUGUUCAGUAACUGCAUUAAUUACCUAAUCAGUGAAGGCACUGACGGUGACUUUCCGCAAACAUUGAAGUCCAAGCAUUUUAGUCAGUGGCGGCCUUGAAAUAUAUGGAAUUGUAUCCAUCCUUGGGUCUUAAACCCUGGCUCAAGGUAAUGAUAAAAAGAAGGCUUCAAGGAAAGUAAGAAAGAGAGAGAAAAUUAGAUGAACUUCGGCUACUUUUCAUCAUGCAGUGGAACACUUUUGCUACUUGUCAGAAUAAAAUCAAAUUUUUGGCAGGAUUGUGGUUUCUCAGCUUCCCUUAUCUUGUUUUUACGGAAGACUGCUGCAGGAUUCUGCUUUUCAGAGAAAUUUAUCCUGACAGUGCGUUCAACAAAAGCAUCAUAAACAAUCUCACAGUAGACGGAGAAGAUCAGUGUCAACUGAGUUGUUAUUUGCAGACUGGCUGUAAAUCCUACAACCUCGGUCCAGUCUCUGAACAAGGCAAACGUGUAUGCGAACUUAGCAGCUCGCAUUAUGAAUCUCAAGUGAGCCAUCUUGAGUCUCGCCCUGGUUUCAUUUACCGUCCUUCUGAUAAUUUAUGCAAGCCUCCAUGCCCAGAGAACAAAAACUGUUGUCCUAAUGACGUAGGAUUCUCGUGCGUUUGUUCUGAUCCUGGAUUUCGAGGAGAAAGGUGUGAUGAAGAUGUAGAUGAAUGCUCGCUGGGAACUCACAAUUGUGACGGGAAUUCCAUGUGCCAAAACACGGUUGGCAGUUUCAUAUGCACGUGUAGUUCGGACCAAGUCCCGGAUGGAGACAAGUGUGCAGGCUUUCCUUUCCACUGGGCCCUAGAUGGCACGGACAGCCUACUAACUUUGCGAGGAAGUGCCGGUUUUGUGGAGCAAAAUAACAGAUUGGUUCUUUACUUGGAUGGUACUGGAGCAAACUUUGCAGAGACACCGGCUAUUCCUCUCCGCCAAACAGACCUGACUAUUUCAGUGUGGAUCAAACUGGUAUCGCCCCUUUCUCAGGACUCAGUACAAACUAUAUACGGUGAUUGGUCCUUUCCAUGGCAGUUCAGGUUCUUUAUGAUGGACAGUGGUUGUCCUCAUUUUCAAGCCAGGCGAGACGUUGACGGAAUCGACGAUGUAUUUGCUCUUGGAGUUACCGAACACCAUCGUGUUUCUCCAGACGUGUGGAGUCACGUAGCUGUAACCUGGAGUCGCGUGCACCGCUUAGUGAGGAUAUUCAUAAACGGACAGAUGAAGGCUUUUCACGUUGCUGAUAGCAAUUCACUUCUUGACUUCAAAAAUUCAGGGCAUAAUGUUUACGACAUUGGUCUGAAAAGGGACAAUUCUGCGAUAACUCACGCUUACCUCAGCGAUCUCAUUGUCUUCAACCGUGACCUGUCCGAGAUUGAAAUCAGAAAUGACCUGUUUCAAUCAAAUCCCCUGCAUGGUUACAUCUCUUCUGUCUCGCCCGGGAACAACCUGUAAUAAAGUGGUCGAGAGAAGUAGGCUCUUUCUAUUUGUGUCAAAAACCCGAUAUACCCAGUGCGAAAACCUGAUAUAUCCAGCGCAAAUUUUUCUGAAAAAGGAAUACCUGCUCUCUCCUUUUUACGAGAAUUAUCCGUAGUAGCCUCGUUUCAGUGUCAACUUGGUGGGCAUUUGUAUAACGUGGCAGUUUUGAUGUAAUACCAAGUGGCAGAUAUUAAUCAAGACUUGGUUUC